GUGGCUAAAUAAUGAGUCAGUGAACACAUCAGGGAAGAGGAUCAAAUUGAUGUUAACUGUUUGAAAUGGAUCGUUGCGAAACCUGACUGGCCCUCAGUGUCCAGGUGGAUCCAGGCCAGAGACAGGAUGGCUUCCUGUGUGAAGAUGAAUGGUGGAGGCCAGUUGGUAGAGCUGGAGGAGCCAGGCAGCAGGCAGGGUGGCAGCGUUUACACCUGGGAGGAGGUUCAGAGACACUGCCAUAGGAACGACCAGUGGCUUGUCAUCGAUCGGAAGGUCUACAAAGUCACCCAGUGGGCAAAGAGGCACCCAGGUGGGUUUCGGGUCAUCAGCCACUAUGCUGGAGAGGAUGCCACGGAGGCCUUCACCGCGUUUCACCCCAAUCUAAAAUAUGUGCAAAAGUUUCUGAAGCCCCUGCUGAUCGGUGAGCUGGCAGCAACAGAACCCAGCCAGGACCGAAAUAAAAAUGCCUCAGUUGUUCAGGAUUUCCACACUUUACGUGCAAAAGUGCAGAGCAAGGGUCUGUUUCGAGCUCGGCCGCUGUUCUUCUGCCUCCACCUGGGUCACAUCCUGCUGCUGGAGGCGCUGGCCUGGCUCAUCCUCUGGGCUUGGGGGACCAGCUGGACCAUGACGCUGCUGUGCGCUGUCAUCCUGGCUGUUGCUCAGUCCCAGGCUGGGUGGUUGCAGCAUGACUUCGGCCACCUCUCCGUUUUCGGGAAGUCUAGCUGGAAUCACAUUUUGCACAAGUUUGUCAUCGGUCAUUUAAAGGGUGCCUCCGCCAACUGGUGGAAUCAUCGACACUUUCAACACCAUGCUAAGCCAAAUGUCUUCAGCAAGGACCCUGAUGUCAACAUGUUGCAUGUCUUUGUAGUGGGAGACUCGCAACCAGUGGAGUACGGCAUCAAAAAGAUAAAGCACAUGCCCUAUCAUCAUCAACACCAGUACUUCUUUCUUAUUGGCCCGCCCCUGCUCAUCCCUGUGUACUUCCACAUCCAGAUAUUACGCACCAUGUUUUCCCGCCGGGACUGGGUGGAUCUGGCGUGGUCCAUGUCCUACUACCUUCGCUACUUCUGCUGUUACGCCCCCUUCUACGGCCUCUUCGGCUCAGUGGCACUCAUCACGUUUGUCAGGUUUCUGGAGAGCCACUGGUUUGUGUGGGUGACUCAGAUGAACCACCUGCCAAUGGACAUAGACCAUGAGAAGCGCCAGGACUGGCUGACCAUGCAGCUAAACGCCACCUGUAAUAUUGAGCAGUCAUGCUUCAACGACUGGUUCAGUGGGCACCUCAACUUUCAAAUCGAACACCAUCUGUUUCCUACCAUGCCGCGCCACAACUACCACCUAGUGGCCCCACUCGUGCGUGCACUGUGCGAGAAACAUGGGAUUCCUUACCAGGUGAAGACGAUGCGGCAAGGUCUCACUGAUGUCGUCAGGUCACUGAAAAACUCAGGGGAGCUGUGGCUUGAUGCAUAUCUCCAUAAAUGAGAACAACUUGAGUCUGUUGCCUAUACUGUACCAAAAAGAGUCUCAUGAAUGACUAUCAUUGAUAAAUUAUAUGUUUGGAUUUAUGAUUCAGUAUAAAGUAGUAUGGGAACUGAUUUUCUUUCAUCAUUGAUGUUGUAGCCAGUCUUAGUUUACUUUUCAGAUUCAAUGCAGGAUUUUUAUAGUGUUGACAGGAUGUUUCCAAAUCGCCUGUAUCCUGAACUAGCGCUGGGUAAUGUGAACAAAACGAAAUAUCAUGAUAUCUUUGACCGAAUACCUCGAUACUGAUAUUGUGACAAUAAUGUCAGGAUGACUAAUGGUGCUUUCCUAAGAUUUUUACACCCAAGAGAUUUUUGAUAAACAUUAGUCAUUAGUCAAGUGGAUAUAAGCAUGUAGAGGCAGAUAAUAGAACAGCUAUUCAGAAAAUUGCAUUCCUUUACUGUAAAGCAGCCUUUAAAACCAGGAAAGGACAACACAGUGCUGCUAUAUCCAAAAUGUCGGACAAUAUCUAGUCUCAUAUCGUGAUAUGGAUAUGAUAUUUACGUAUUGCCCAGCCCUCCUUGAUCUAAUAUGGUACAUUAUAUAGAAUUGUGAAAAUUGCUUGUGAUUUAUUUAAAACUACUAUUGUUUUUUGCCCGUUUGAUCAGGAGAAUCAAUUUGAUGGAUAAAGUGUGACAAUCACUUUUAAGCUGACAAAUGGGGCUUUCUGUCUAGCUUCAAGUCUGACUGUAUUGUAGUUGUGAUUUUCUGUUAGACACUCUCUUUUUUCCUCUAAAUCCA